AUGGCCCAGUCCUUCACUCUCGAUGAGCAAGUCGUCGCUCACAGGUUGCUGGUGGAGCUCUUGGCCCAUCAGUUUGCAUUCCCAGUACAAUGGACGGAUAGUCAAAAUGUCCUGCUCUCCGGCAGCUCUCCGGUGUCUCGUCUAAUCGAAUUGGGUCCUUCGGGCACAUUGACCAGUAUGGCGCAGAAACAAGCAAUGGGAUUGAUUGCAGACGGUCGUCGUUCAGCAGCAGCGCCCCCAGUCUUGCUCUCAUGCGCUGGUGAUGAUCCCAAGCUGUGGUAUGAAUACGAACAGGCCGUGGAUGAGGAGUCCAAGGCCAGGACGUCGGAGGCGGAUGAGGGGGGAGGACUAGCAGAGCAGGAGGCAAAGGAAGAGGCUGCAGAUGAGGCCAGAGAGAAGAGGGCCCUCCAGGUCAAGACAUCCAGCAUGGUGACGAAGACUGCUCGGCCACCUGAUUCGGAAACAGGCAACUCAACUGCAGCCGUGCCAGACUGUCCGCUACCCGGUUCGUUAGUACUUCGGAUGCUGAUUGCCAGGCGCUUGAAACGAUCUCUCGCCCAAAUCCCCUCCUCGACCUCGGUGCGCGAGCUCAGCGGGGGCAAGUCGAUACUGCAAAACGAGAUUGUGGGCGACUUGAUAGCCGAGUUUGGCGAGCAGCGAGUGCCUGAUGGUGCCGAGGACAUGACUCUGAGCGAGCUGGACAGUCGCUUCGACUCCAUGGCCACUGCGGGUCCGGGCAAGAUAUCUGGACUUCUUCUCGGCAGGCUGCUGUCCAACAAAAUGCCCCUUGGUUGCAACGCUGCCUUUGUGCGCUCGCAUUUGGCAGCCAAGUGGGGUCUCGGCCCGGGCCGUCAGGCCUCCGUGCUGAUCACGGCGCUUGUGUCGGAGCCGACGGUCCGGCUGGGAUCCAUCAAGGAAGCGGUUGAGCUGAUGGACGGGGCAACAGAGCAGUAUGCCGCAUGGUGUGGGCUCUCGUUAACCAUCCGCGAGCAACGGCAGCAACAGCAGCAAGAUCAGCAGCCAUCUGUCCAAGUAACAGCAACGGCGCCGGCGAGCCAAACACACGAUUGCAUGUGCAAUUGUGACAGUCACGUGACUGAUAUCAACGCAUCCUCCGCCCAGGUCGAAGGCCUACAGGCCAAGCUGGAUGCAUUGGUCGCUGAAUUCUCCGACGAGUACUUGACUGGCGCCCUUCCCGUCUUUGAUGCCAGGCGAGUGAGGAUGUAUAACGACUGGUGGAAUGCAGACCGUAUACGUCUCGCCACGUGCGACAACGCCCACUAUUGUUCCUUCCUAGUCUGA